ACGCGGAGCGGCACAGCGCUCGGAUCGAAUUGAAUCAAAGCGACUUCGACUUUGGCAUAGGAAUCGACACAGCUCAGCGCAGCAGAAACAGCAACCAAAACCCAGAGUAUCCGCAGUAGAGUAGGUAGAAGUUCGCAUUUUGUGGUUCAAUCGACAACGACACAAACAACAAAAACCAAAACCCAUGCUGAAGCUGAUGACGAUGACGACGUCGACGACGACGAUGGCGACGCCAACGAAUCGGAAUUGGUUGUUCGUGUAACUCUUUUCACGUUGUGUUUGUGUUUACCCGGGAUUUAGUGGCGAUUUAGCCAGCUUCGAAGUUAGACGUGACUAUUUCUGCAAUUACAUUGCCAUUGCCAUCAGACCCGUCCGUCCGUACUGUUUGUGUUUCAUUUUCGAGGAGUCCGAUUCUCAAAUCCGAGUCACUGCUUAACUAUCUAAAUCCAGCACGAGAGUCAGUCAUAAACCUGGUGUGUGCGCUGCGCUGCGCAUAGUUCGUAUAAAUUUGUUAUAGUUUUGACGACGAGUUCGAGUACGACCAAUACUGAUACCAAUACCGAAACCAAUGGUAGUUGAAGAGAAGGAAAAUCCGUGGUUCAUUUUGUAUUCCGAUCGGAAACUACUGAGCUCAAGCUGCUGAGCAACCGAGACGUUACGUUUUGUUGGGUAAAUCGGCUUCGGUCUUGGGGCACGAAAGUUUUCUUCUCUUUUGGGGGUUUUUAUUUUGGGUUUUAUAAUUUUCCGUGUUAUCUAUCUAAGUGCUCGCAUUCUUUGGGUGCUUCGUCCGCUUCAUCCGCUUCGUCCGUUUCAUCGUCCGUCUUCGUUGUUGGGUGAUUUAUUUUUGUAACGCUUUUUGCGAGUUUCCCCAAAUAAUUGAAUUAAACAAAAUACCUGCUAACAACAGAAAUAAAUACAAAAAUUAAACGGGGAUUAAGUGCUUUUCCCAAAGGCAAAGCGAACACCGAGCGUGCGUGUUUGGGGAAAUCGUACCACAUUAAAAAUACAGUGUUUCUUUUGUUCGGGUUUUUUUUUUGAACGAGUGCAAGUUUAAUUGUGAAGAUAUUUUUAUGAAUGAUUCGGUAUUUUGAUGUGCGCGAUCGUUGAUGCAAUGAGAACGAAUUUUUGAAAUCACUGUCAUUGAUCGUUAAACAAAAAAAAAAACGAAAUAGAAGAAAAACUGUAUUGAGUUUAUAAGAAAAGGAAUUGGUUUUUGAAUUUCUAUUUUUUUUAUUUCGGUCUUCGGUCUUGUGUGCUGUUUUGGAAUUCAAUUGGAAUACCAUUGAAUUUACAAUAAAAAACAAAACAAAACAAGAAAAAGGAAAGACAAGAAAAAUAACAUCGCGGAAAUGAGGCGCACUAUUUGGAUUGCAUUUUUGUUAUGGGUGUGCAGUAUAGCGAUCGGCGAUGCAUCAUGGGGCACACCUGGCACUGGACAGUACCACAUACAAACCGACGAAGGACCAGAAAGAUACUUUCGGUUUCAAACUGACAAUGGGCAAUAUCGAAAAGAAAAGCGGCUUCAAGAUGGAACAGUUAUAGGAACUGAUGCUUGGAUCGAUGCUGCUGGUUAUCUUCGUCAGAAAGACUACAUUGCAGAUAGUAAAGGCUACCGAAUACUUAAAUCUAAGACUAUUUAUGUUGGACAAGGUCGUCCAAUUGAGGAUGCUAUCCGAUCAAUUAAAGGUGUUCCUGCACAAUCUGGAAUUCUCGUCGAUCCGGGUCUUAAUUAUAAUUCAAAUAAUUUAGCUCCAACUCCUCGAACUACACCAAAACCUGCCUACGUUUAUCCUCCUACAACAUCAACGACCACGACCACAACGACAACAACUCCAGCUCCUCCCACUCAGGGCUAUUUAACACCCUCUCAAGCUGCCCUCAUUCCUCCAUCUCCAUACCUAGGAUACGAUCAUUAUCCACAGCCAGAAGUGUUCAUUCGACCAAAUUCUCAACCCGUCGAGAGUAAUAUUGUACCUGAAACAUACUACCUUCUGGGAAGUAGCAGUACCGAGAGAGUCCCACUUCCCUCUGACACUUUCCUGCCACCAUUCGAGAACAGUCGACGAGUCAGACCAAUAGGAUCAGUCGCCUCUUCAACAACAUCUCCCAGAUCAGAGAAUGACGCAGUGGAAUACUCUCAUACAUCCACGGAAAACUACCCAUCUGGAUACUCCUACUCGAGUCCCAGACCCUUCUCCCCAUCUUCCACGGAAUCUCCUGAGCAGCCUUCAAGCAGCUCACAAGCUCCAGUGUCUUCGAAUGACUACGAUGAUCCCUAUAGUUUUAACUCGUACUCUUCAUCGACUACCGAGAGACCAUCUACAGACUACUCAACACCCUAUGCAGACUUGCUGCCUCCGACAAAACGAAGAAGGCCAGCCUAUGGCACGAGGAUCCAGCCUCAGGUCUACAACAAUAACCUUGGCAGUGGUUAUGACGAUCAGUAUUCUCAGUAUGACGGAGUUUCCGUUACCAAAAAUGGCUUCCAAUACUACCUGCCCCGGCAGUAUCACGAAGAGGAGCAAGUAGCUCCACAAAAACGAGCCGGAAGUUUUGGCUACAUAGACCCCUUCGGCAUAAGACGCGUCAUCUACUACAAUGCUUCGCCCGAAAAUGGGUUCGUUCACCGAAAAAAUAAUCGUUAUGUCGGCUUCCAUGCCACACCUUACGACCCACGACCCCUGUAAUUUUUAACUUUAACUUAACAUUAUUAAUAAUUAAUCUAUACAUUUAUUUCACUAUUUAUUGAUUCAUUUGAAUGGACUGAAGCCAAAGAUGGCGGCAUUCUUUAAGCAUCCUGCCAAGCCAACUAUGUGGAUCAGAGAAAAACAAAAACAAAAAUAUUUUACUUAUGAACUGUUGAUAUUAUUUUAAUUUUAAGGGCUCAGCUUCAUUAAAAAAAUCGAACAAAAAAAAUUAUAAACCUUCGCCUAACAAUGUCUGUGUUACUAUAGAAAAUGAAAAUAUAUAUAUUUUUAAUUUAUAUAAGCUAUAAUUCUAACUUAUUUUCAAAUACAUAUUUUAUUUGCUUUAAGUUUACGAUCACGAUCAAAAUAUCGGCUGAUGGAAAAGAUUGAAAUUGUAACUGCCGAAUAAUUUUAAAUGCAAGAAAAUGACAUCAUUUUUUUUUUUAAUUGUUUGUUUAUUUGUUUUUAGAAAUAGAUAGCAUUAUUUUUUAGCACUUACACUAUUAAUUGAUAUUAAUCUUGCCAUAUUAACAGAUCAAUAGUUGUUAAGUCAUUUUAAAAAACAAAAUCAAAUUAUUUAAGAAAAAUUAAGUUCUCGAUAAAAAAAAUAAAGAAACAACAAUCAAAACAUACAUUUCCUUCCUAAUAAUAUUCAUGUACUAAAAUUUUACUUAAAUAUUUUUUACUAAACUGAUAACUUAAAAAGAAACAAAAAAUAAUUAACAAAAAUUAACAUGACCCUGUAAAAGAAAUUUUGUAAUUUUUUCGCCAAUAGACGUCCAUUGGCGGAUCUUAUACCAGUUUAAUGGACAUCCGUUGCGAAGAAAACCAAUUUGUGUAUUAUUAAAUAAAGUUAAAUUUAGAUGUAAAUAAAACAUUAAACGAAA